AUGGUUUAUGUGAAGGUGCAUAGACUUUUGGCGCUUUUGCUGUCUUCUUCACUGCUGGGGAAUGUCAGCACCGCUCCUCGCGGAGAUCUACUCAGGGGAGAGCUCGUCAAAGACCAUAAUCUUGCACAGCUGCUCAUGGUCCAGUUUCUGUCUGAGAUGAUGGAAGUUGACGUGGGGCCGAGGCUGGAGGAGCAGUUGGGAAUCAGAGAAACGGUGAUGAGGCGGCAGCUUCCUUUGACUCAGCGAGAGCGCAAAGCUGGUUGUCGCAGUUUUUUCUGGAAAACGUUCACGUCCUGCUAA